AUGUUGUCCGAAAAGUCUGAAUUUCAAGGUUACUCUGUUCAACACCCGCUUUGCAAGUGUAAUGAGUGUUGUGUUUUCGAAGCAGUUGACAAGAAUGGGAACGAAGUGAUCUUGAGAGAAAUGUAUUCAACAGGUGAUGUGGCAAGGCAGAGAAAUAGUGACGAUAAGUACAUUGACGCGUUCGGUACCAGUGAAAACAGUACCGUUUACGUUUAUCGCUCUCAGAAUUUUGCAAGGGAGGGGAACGACUACUUCAGUUACCCUGGUAGUGACUGCAACGAGUUGCCCACCAUUUUGUUGCGCGGUAAUGCUCUAGACCACUUGAACAUGGGCCACAAAACGGCUCAUGGUUUGAACACUCCGUGUGCUCGCUAUGACAAUGCAGACGAGAAAUUGACGUUUGUCGAAAGUGUACCGAAGAGGGACGGCAUGAAGAAAUGCCUGCAUUCGUGUAAAAACAGAGUCAGAACGCCUGUUCCAUCUUCAAUCAAGUCCGAUGACUCCAUAUGUUCUCCAGCGGCGUCCUUCGAAUAUAUCAUGGACGAUACGGAUAGUUAUUUAUUUGAUUCGUCCACCAAUGGCGAAGAGGACGAGGAUGAAGAGGAAGGAGACGAAUCCGAGUCUAGUACUGGAGUCAGAAAGGAUGUUGCUAAACCCAAUGAUACCAUACUGAAAAAACCUUCGAAGUUUAAGAAGUUUUUCUCAUUCAACCCCAAGAGGUCCCCCUCUCAACUUGAAGCUAUCAAGAGGAAACAGCGUUUCCUACCGGGGAAAGUUUCUGCUCCCAUCGCUCCAGUUCAUUCCAUCCUUAAAAAGGGCGAUGGAACUAAAGAUGAUCUUGCCAACGGCGAUAACACGGAUGAACUGCAUAUUAAGAUCGAGAACUCUUCCCCUAAGAUCAUCCGCUCAGAGCAUCACCAGAUACGAAAAACGCCCAUCCCACCAUCGCUACAGUCAAUCGCAAAUAAAGAGGGUAAAAUGCAGAAAGCACAGACAGACUCUAUUGCUCAACAGAAUCAGCGUUGUGAACAAGAGGACAAACUGACGAAUAAUACAGACCUCGACUUGAAAAUGAUGAAAAGUUCAAUGUUGAGAAGAAGAAGAAGUGUUCACAUAUAG